AUGGUGUAUUCAACGUAUAGUUUUCCUCAAUUCCCACAAUAUCGCAUAUUUGCCACAUGCUUCACAGGCGUGAGCGCCGAGAAGCUCAAGGAGGUUAAAGAACAUCUUGUGGCAGCGGACAAGAAUUAUGAUUUUUGCUUCUUAAAUACCAACUUCAUUCUUUCUCAAGAAUUACUUUUGAACAGUAUCCACAAGUCCAUACUAAACAAGGAGUUUGAUUGUAUGAAAGCAAAGACAUUGAACACCGAGAUUAUAUUCAAUCUCUCUCCCACAAACAAGAUAACUGAUGCAUUUCGUUCUUUUGGAGUUGAAGAAGGAUGUUCCAGUGUCAUAGUCGUUCACAUCACUACCGGAAACGAGAAUUUUGCAACCGUAAACCAGCAUCUUGAAGGCUUGUUGUCUUCCGAUUCCAGGCCCGAAAAUAUAAAAAUUGAAGAUGAGACAUUGUCUUCGUUCGUUGAUGUCUCCAAGUUCAAAAAACUUUAUAAGCUCAACGACGCUGUAGGCGCCGAUUCCUACCCAACGCUAACCAGAUUGGCUAUCAGCGCCUGCCAUCUUCGUGGCUUAUAA